CCGCGCCCGCCCGGGACCCUGCAGACGCGGUCCUGCCAUGGAGCACAUCCGCACGCCCAAGGUUGAAAAUGUCCGCUUGGUAGAUCGAGUGUCUUGUAAGAAAGCGUCACUGGGAACUUUAUAUCUGACAGCUACUCAUGUCAUAUUUGUGGAAAAUGCACCUGACACAAGGAAAGAAACCUGGAUUCUCCACAGUCAGAUUUCCACCAUUGAGAAGCAGGCGACGACUGCAACUGGCUGUCCUCUGCUCAUUCGCUGCAAGAACUUUCAGGUCGUCCAGCUCGUCAUCCCGCAGGAGCGAGACUGCCAUGACGUGUACAUCUCUCUGAUACGCCUUGCACGGCCAGUGAAAUACGAGGAGUUAUACUGCUUUUCCUUCAAUCCCAAGCUGGAUAAGGAAGAACGCGAGCAGGGCUGGUCUCUGGUUGAUCUUAGUGAGGAGUAUGAGCGAAUGGGCCUCCCUGAUAACUACUGGCAGCUCAGCGAUGUGAACAGAGACUACAGAGUUUGUGACUCUUACCCCACGGAACUGUACGUCCCCAAAUCGGCCACAGCACACAUCAUUGUGGGCAGUUCCAAGUUCCGGAGCAGACGGCGAUUUCCUGCCCUUUCCUACUACUGUAAAGAAAGCCAUGCCUCUAUCUGCAGGAGCAGCCAGCCUCUUUCUGGCUUCAGUGCUCGGUGCCUGGAGGACGAGCAGAUGCUUCAAGCCAUCAGGAAAGCCAAUCCCGGAAGUGACUUCAUUUAUGUUGUGGACACACGGCCAAAACUUAAUGCAAUGGCAAAUCGUGCUGCAGGGAAAGGCUAUGAGAAUGAAGACAAUUAUUCCAAUAUCAAGUUUCAGUUUAUCGGGAUAGAGAACAUCCAUGUCAUGAGGAACAGUCUUCAGAAAAUGCUGGAAGUGUGUGAGCUUAAAUCUCCCUCUAUGAGUGAUUUCCUGUGGGGCCUAGAGAACUCAGGCUGGCUCAGACACAUCAAAGCCAUCAUGGAUGCUGGGAUCUUCAUUGCAAAGGCAGUUUCAGAGGAAGGGGCAAGUGUGCUCGUCCACUGUUCUGAUGGCUGGGACAGGACGGCCCAGGUGUGCUCAGUGGCAAGCCUGCUACUAGACCCUUACUAUCGGACGGUGAAGGGAUUCAUGGUAUUAAUUGAAAAGGACUGGAUUUCCUUCGGACAUAAAUUUAAUCAUAGAUACGGCAAUUUAGAUGGUGACCCUAAAGAAAUCUCUCCAGUAAUUGACCAGUUCAUUGAGUGUGUGUGGCAGUUAAUGGAACAGUUCCCCUGCGCCUUUGAGUUCAACGAGAGGUUUUUGAUUCACAUUCAGCAUCAUGUUUACUCCUGCCAGUUUGGAAACUUCCUAUGUAAUAGCCAGAAAGAGAGACGAGAACUCAAGAUUCAAGAAAGAACUUAUUCUUUGUGGUCUCAUCUGUGGAAGAAUCGGGCUGACUACCUCAAUCCUCUGUUCAGAGCUGACCACAGUCAGACCCAGGGGAGCCUUCAUUUGCCUACAGCUCCAUGUAACUUCACAUAUAAGUUUUGGAGUGGAAUGUAUAACCGCUUUGAAAAGGGGAUGCAGCCUCGACAGUCGGUGACAGAUUACCUCAUGGCUGUGAAGGAGGAGUCCCAGCAACUGGAAGAAGAACUGGAGGCCCUAGAAGAAAGGCUGGAAAAAAUUCAGAAAGUUCACUUAAAUGGCACCAAAGUGAAGAGUAAGCAAAGUGAACCCAGCAAACACUCAGGAUUUUCUACCUCAGACAACAGCACAGCCAAUACUCCUCAGGAUUACAGUGGGAACAUGAAGUCCUUCCCAUCCAGAAGCCCUUCCCAGGGGGACGAAGAUUCUGCUCUUAUUCUAACCCAAGACAAUCUGAAAAGCUCAGAUCCCGAUCUGUCAGCAAACAGUGAUCAGGAGUCCGGGGUGGAGGAUUUGAGCUGUCGUUCUCCAAGUGGUGGUGAGCAUGCGCCGAGCGAAGACAGUGGCAAGGACCGGGACUCUGAUGAAGCUGUGUUUCUCACUGCCUGA